ACCGAUAUUUUGAAUUUGUUCACUUCGUGCUACAUAGACAAAUUUAAUUUCCAACUCGGCUCAUAUAUUGUUAAAGAACGUGAUGUAUUUACAGUAAUUCAAGGGAAACUUGUUAAUAACAAAACAGCUGGAGCCCAUCAACCGACAAUAUUUAUCUCCAAUUGCAUAAAAUAUACUGUGUCGGAAUAGUGAUUGACAAAAGUACUUGAACUCACUGCAACCUGAUAGAGAAACUCUGUCUCGAUCAUGCUCAAAGGAAAUGGAAGCAAUUUCCCGUUGCAAUCUCUACCAGUUCAUCCGGACACUGAAUUACAGGCAAAAAUGUCGAAACACUUGAGAAUAGCCAAAACAAAUGCCCCAGAGUCGAAAGAUUAUGCCCAUCCGUUAAAGGAUAAGGAGAAUGCACACUAUGUCAGCAGCGAGUCGAGUAAGAAGACUGAUGCUGAGCCAUCCCAGCCCUGUCUUGAACACCAAAUGACUGAAAAAUCUCGGGGUGAGGCCCCACAGCGUGAAAAUAAAAAUCAUGCGCCGGAAAAAUCGACGGGUGAUGAAGGGAAAAAAUGGGUUCUCUCUGAUUUUGAAAUUGGCAAACCAUUGGGGAGAGGUAAAUUUGGGAAUGUGUACUUAUCGAGGGAGAAGAAGUCGAAAUUUAUUGUGGCUAUGAAAGUACUUUUCAAGAAUCAAAUUGAAGAGGCCAAUGUGCAGCAUCAAGUACGAAGGGAAAUUGAAAUUCAAACACACUUGAGGCACCCAAAUAUUUUACGAAUGUAUGGCUAUUUCCAUGACGCCAAACGUGUGUAUUUGAUCCUGGAGUAUGCGCCUAAAGGUGAGCUCUACAAGGCUUUGAAAUCUGCACCCAAUGGACGUUUCGACGAAUCUCGAACAUCAGCUUACAUGUAUCAACUGGCUGAUGCACUGAAGUAUUGUCACAGUAAGAAAGUCAUCCAUCGUGACAUCAAGCCAGAAAAUUUGUUACUGGGCUUACGAGGUGAGCUGAAAAUCGCAGAUUUCGGUUGGUCAGUUCAUGCCCCCUCAUCACGACGAGACACGCUCUGCGGUACCCUCGAUUAUUUACCCCCAGAAAUGGUCUCUGGACAAUCGCACGAUCACACUGUCGACUUAUGGGGUGUUGGUGUACUCUGCUAUGAAUGUUUAACCGGUAAACCUCCAUUCAUGGCAGAACGCUACGAUGAUACGUACAAGAGGAUCAUGAGAGCGCAAUACACAUUCCCCAGUUAUAUCAGUGCUGGUGCACGAGACCUAAUUUCAAAGUUGCUGGUCGUUAAGUCUGAAAAUCGUCUAUCCUUGGACGGUAUAUUGAGUCACUCUUGGGUUCUGGAGAAUCGACAGACUGGAAUAAAUUAACACUAAGCUUUAACGUUCAUUAGGGAAUCAACAUAGUUGUUACGUCAAAUAAGAAAAAUUAUUUUAGGGAGUGAAAUUGGAUAAUGGGUUGGCUAUCUAUACAUUUAUAUUUUAUAUGAUCAUGCUAGUUUUGUAAUUUUAUAUUGUGGGUGUUUAUGCGAUCAUGCGCCGAAAGAAUUCAAUUUCUGAACUGUACGAUGGAAAAUCUAUGAAGACAAUGAAACUCUCCCCUCAAAAUGAUGAUACUAACACGAAAAGUUGAAUUUGCAUUUCUGUGGUAUAAAUUUUUAAAUUUCUACACAAUUUUAUAACUUCAUAUUAAUAUGUAAUUCCAUCAGUCCAAUUAUAUAUCUUAAUAAAUAUCGAUAAAACGAA